AAAAGGCAAGUUUUUAUAUUCACACAUGGCAGAACCUGAGAGGCAGGUAGCACGAAAUCUAUGGAAGACCGGCUGUUACUGUGAUGCGGGUACUCCAUCAGUGUCCAGUUCCAAAGUUCCCAAGUCCGAACCAUUCUCUCUCUUUGCGUCCACGUCUCAACCUUAAUAUGCCGCCAAAUCCAAACCUCGACGAGCCUUACCUUCAAAUUUACUCCACAAAUUUUUCGAAACCCAAAUCUACCCAACUUUGAUCACCAACAUUUCACCCAAUUUUGAUCACCAUGUUCCUUCUCCUUCACACCCUCUUCUUCCAAAACCCGCUAUUCAAUCUGUAGAUCUCACCCAUUUCAUUCUCUGAAGCGAAAGAACCAAGACUCAAACAAAUCCAUGCUAUCAAACUCAAGCAUACUCUCUCUCACUCACUUGGUCUCCAUUUUCGUGCUCUGUUUCAUUGAUUGAAUCAAAAUUGGCUGAAGCGCCACUAGUUUCUGGAGAAAGGGGAUCGGUGCUAUAACUAUGAUGGUGGAAACCUCACAGGUUGGACGGUUCCACCACCAGAGGCUUGACUUUAAGCGAUGGGUUCCGGCUUUCUUGUCGUCGCACAAGACCCUCUUCACAGUGCUUUGGAUCGCUGCGUUUAUAUCGGUUUUUAUUUGGCAGAGGAAUAUAGUGGGUGGGUUCUUGAUAUUCGGGAGAGCUGUGGCUAAACCCAUGCCCAGACUACGACCUGUGGCUUUCAAUUUGACGGAUUUUGGGGCGGUGGGCGACGGGGUUACUUUAAAUACUGAGGCGUUUGAGAAGGCUAUUUUGGCUAUUUCCAAAUUGGGCAAGAGAGGUGGUGGGCAGCUCAAUGUGCCUCCUGGUCGUUGGCUUACGGCGCCGUUUAAUCUUACAAGUCAUAUGACUCUUUUUCUUGCCGAAGAUUCUGAAAUACUUGGAAUUCAGGAUGAGAAGUAUUGGCCAUUGAUGCCUCCAUUGCCUUCAUAUGGGUAUGGGAGAGAGCAUCCUGGGCCGCGGUUUGGGAGUUUGAUUCAUGGUCAGAAUCUUAAAGAUGUUGUUAUAACAGGGCAUAAUGGUACGAUAAAUGGGCAGGGUCAAUCGUGGUGGAAGAAGUAUCGCCAAAAGCUUCUCAACAAUACAAGGGGCCCACUUGUCCAAAUCAUGAGGUCAAGUGACAUUGUGAUCACUAAUAUAACAUUGCGUGAUUCUCCAUUUUGGACUCUUCAUCCAUAUGAUUGCAAGAAUGUAACCAUCAGAAACCUUACAAUUUUGGCUCCCAUAUUUGAAGCUCCAAAUACUGAUGGAAUCGAUCCUGAUUCAUGUGAGGAUAUGGUGAUUGAGGAUUGUUACAUAAGUGUUGGGGAUGAUGCAAUAGCCAUAAAGAGUGGCUGGGAUCAGUAUGGAAUUGCUUAUGGACAACCUUCAAUGAACAUCCUCAUUCGAAAUCUUGUUGUUCGCUCUAUGGUCAGCGCUGGCAUAUCAAUAGGCAGUGAGAUGUCUGGUGGAGUUUCAAAUGUCACCAUUGAGAACGUCCUUGUGUGGAAUUCAAGACGUGCUGUUCGGAUCAAGACUGCUCCUGGAAGAGGUGGUUAUGUGCGUCAGAUAACCUACCGAAAUCUGACGUUUGACAAUGUGCGAGUAGGAGUUGUCUUGAAGACAGAUUACAACGAGCACCCUGAUGAGGGCUACGAUCCAAAAGCCCUUCCAGUUAUUGAGAACAUUAGCUUUACAAGCAUCCAUGGACAGGGAGUUCGUGUACCUGUCCGUAUCCAUGGAAGUGAAGAAAUUCCUGUGAAAAAUGUGACAUUCCAGGACAUGUCAGUGGGAUUAACAUACAAGAAAAAACAUAUUUUCCAAUGUGCCUUUGUUCAAGGUCGUGUAAUAGGGACCAUAUUCCCAGCCCCUUGUGAGAAUCUUGAUAGGUAUGAUGAGCAAGGACGUCUGGUUAAACGCUCUGCCUCACAGAACAUGACAGACAUAGAUUAUGAUUUUUGAGAGGAUGAAUGGUUCUCAUUUCAUGGACUGAUCGAUAUGGAAUAUGGAAGUCAACACAACAAAUGUAUCUGUAUGGGUCUUCCUGGUGGGAUGUAGUUGCAGGCAGUUAAUCUUUAUGUUCGUUUUUUGGGUACUGUUCUCACUCCAUUUUAUAUUUUUUCCUUUAUUUUGGGAAUUUUUAUGGAGCUGUAUAUACGAAAUUUUUUAGUUUAUACAUUCAUAAAAACCCACAAAUUUCUUUU